GUUCGUUGUGUUUGAAUUUGCGACGUUGGGGACGCGAGGAAUCGGAGCCUCUGCCCGUGUCUCUCUGUCUCCCGUGUCUCUCUACUUUGUCUGUCUCCCUCUGUCUCUGUGUCACCCUAUUGCCUCGGUGCGUCGUCUUAGUGUGUCUCUUUACCCCGUCUCGCUAGGUAGCCCUGCGUGUCAGUCUCGUGGUGUCUUCAUUAGUCCGGUUGUCUUAGUGCGUGUGUCUUAGUGUUGUCUCCAUACACGAAGACGCACGUGUCUGACUUCGUGUCUCGCCCCGUGUACGUCUCCCUCUGUGUAUCUAAGUGUCUGUGUCUUUCUAUAGGCCUUGUAUCACCUGUGUCUCGGCUUGCCUGUCUCCCCAGUGUCUUCAUAGAGUAUCUCUGUGUCUUUCUGAAUCUCUCUCCAGAGUAUCAGGUGUCCACCGAUGUCUCUGAGUAUUUCUCUGCCUCGCUGAGCCCUCCCCAUGUCUCCACGUGUCUCACCUGAGUCUUAGCCUCUCCAGUGGAUCUCCCCCUCGAGACCCCGUGUCUCCCACGUGUCCCCUGUGUCUUCAUCAAGACCCCGUGUCUCCACGUGUCUCCGUCGUGUCCCCCGUGUCUCCCCGUGUCUCCCCGUGUCUCCCCGUGUCCCCCGUGUCUCCCCGUGUCUCCCCCGUGUCUCCCCGUGUCUCCCCCGUGUCCCCCGUGUCUCCAUCAAGACCCCGUGUCUCCCCGUGUCUCCCCCGUGUCUCCCCCGCCACCGGUAGUCUCAAUGGACCGAGACGUGAGCGCGCUCUGCGAGAGCACGAUGACUCAGGGCGCCGAGGAGACGGUGCUAAGCGACACCCCAGGUGGUGUGGAUAGCGUGGAGCCGCGUGUGGUGUUGGUGGGAGAGGCGGCGAACGACCAAGAGCUGGUCAUCGCGCUGGAGGCGAUGGGGCUGCCGCUGGUGACGUGCGAGACGGGCGAGGACGCAGGGACGAGCGCCAACCCCGAGCAGGAGACGGUGGUGAUCGUGGCGGAGUUCUCGGGCCCCGAGUACGAGCGGCUGCUGCCCACGGACUGCCGCAUCCUGGGGCCCGCCGUGCUGCUGCGGGCGGCCCGGCGCAAAGAGCCGCUGCCCUACUGCUUGCGCCCGCUGUUCUGCACGGCCAUGAGCAGCCUGGUGCUCUGCUUCACUGGCUUCCGCAGCAAGGACGAGCUGGUGAAGUUGGUGACCCUGGUGCACCACAUGGGCGGCAGCAUCCGCAAGGAUUUCUCGUCCAAGGUCACCCACCUCGUGGCGAACGGCACCCACGGGGACAAGUACCGGGUGGCAGUGAGCAUGGGGAUCCCCAUCAUGCGCGAGGAGUGGAUCCACAAGGCAUGGGACAGGAGGCUUGAGCCGGAGGGCAGCGCGACGGACGAGCCGCUGCUGGCGCUGAAGAUGCCGCCGUUUCACGGCUGCUCGCUCAGCUUCCUGGGCUUCUCCGAGGAGGAUCAGACGCAGAUGCGGGAGCUGGCGCGCAUGCAGGGUGGAGAAUGCGUGGAGGUGGGGGAUGAACGCAGUUCGCACCUGGUGGUGGAGGAGAACAUGGUGAAGGUUUUGCCCCCAGAGAUUCCGUUCAAGACCUACAUCGUCAAGCAAGAGUGGUUCUGGGGCAGCAUCCAGAUGGAGGCGAGGGCCGAGGAGUCCAUCUACACGUUCGAGAUGACGGAGAGCCCCUCGCUGAAGACGUGCGUGUCCCAGAUGACGCUCGGCACGCCCGUGAGCGGUCAGAAGCGGCGGCGGCGGCGCGAGGCGACGCUUGCGCAGCUGGCGCGCUCCGCGGACCACGGCGCGUCGCCGCUGGUGCCGCCCUGCAAACGCAAGUCCACCGACACGUCGCUCGGCUCGCUGCUCAACAUCUCCAACACGCCCGACACGCCGAUGCUCGGUUUGAGUGGUAGCCCAGGCCCGGUAGCAGAAGACAGGAGCUGGCAGGAAGGCGUGGGGGGUCGCAGGUGUUCCCUGCGCCCCCUCGGAGGCAAGAGGAACCCCUGGGCCACCCCUGUCGGCGGCAAGAGGGCCAGGGGCAGGAGAGGCAGCGCAGGGACGAGCGAGAAGUUUGCGCGAAGAGCAGCAAGUCGACGCCGCGUCGCAGGAAGUGCAGGGAGCGCGCUCGGCCGAGGAGUUGCAGGGAGCGUUGAGGAAGGCGGCGAUGCGAGGAAAGCGAGAGUCGAGCGGGAGGUUGUAGAGGGUGGGGUGGAGGCUGCCUGGACGGGCCACGGGGACACGUUGAGCAUUGCAGGGAGGGCUUGGAUUGAGGAAAGUCUCGGCGAAGCUUCAGGGAGUUGGCAAGGAGGCAGCGAGCGAGGGAGGCAGGGGGGGCGGCCCCGCGGCCGCAUCGGGGAGGCCUCGUGCCGCCGCGAAAGCCGAGGGCAGCAGGGCCUGAAGGACGCGGUCGCGUGGCCCUCGCCGUUGCCCGUGGUCGACGUGUGGCACGGCAGCGCGGCCGUCCCGCUGUGCAGCAGCACUCCCAAGAUGUUGGUGGCCGCGAGCGACGGCCCGUGGCCGAGGCCCACCGAGGACAGGCCUUGGGGUCGAGGGUCGGUGCCGGAUAUCCCGGAGGGACCGGCCGACCUCGUGGAAGAAGAGGGCUCCUCGGUGGAGCGACAGGGAGGUCCUAGGGGAGGGUCGGGGGGCCAAUUGCUGGAGGAAAAGGAGGGGAUGGAGGCCUUCGUGAGCUCCGCGACACUGAGGCCUGGCGCUGAGGCCGUAGGUCAGAGGCCACGGGGGGACUCGGCGCGAAGGGGGAACGGGAUGGGGGGCUCGUCCACUCCGCUGCCGCCCCCCAAGCCGUCGGCGCGCUGGCAGGUGGCGAUGGAGCUGCUGCAGACAGAGUCCAACUACGUGGACAUCCUCACCAACAUCAUUGAGCUGUUCAAGGAGCCCCUGGAGAGGGUGGCGCAGCCCGGGGGGCCCAUCCUGCCAGCCGAGGAGAUCAAGGCCAUCUUCAGCAGCAUCCCCGACAUCCUGGACGUGCACACUCGCAUGAAGGCCGACUUGGAGCAGAGCAUGAUCGAGUGGACGGACAACACGAGCAUCGGGGACAUCAUCCUGCGCUACUCGAGAGACAUGGUGAAGGCCUACCCCCCGUUCGUGAACUUUUUCGAGAUGAGCAAGGAGACGAUCGGCAACUGCGAGAAGCAGAACCCACGCUUCCACGCCUUCCUCAAGAUCAACCAGGCGAAGCCGCAGUGUGGCCGGCAGUCCCUGAAGGAGCUGCUCAUCCGCCCGGUCCAGCGCCUGCCCAGCGUGGGGCUGCUCCUCAACGACAUCAUGAAGCACACGUCGGAGGGGAGCGCCGACAAGCGGAGCCUCAGGAACGCCAUCGAGGCUCUCAAGGAGGUCAUGACGCACAUUAACGAGGACAAGCGCAAGACGGAGGGGCAGCGCCUGAUAUUCGACAUCGUGUACGAGGUCGAGGGCUGCCCGGCCAACCUGCUGUCGUCGCACCGCACGCUGGUGGCUCGCGAGGAGGUGACGGCGCUGGAUGAUGAACUCUGCGACCGCGGCGAGACCAUCUCCAUGUUCCUGUUCACCGACUGCCUGGAGAUCGCACGCAAGCGGGGCAAGGCCAAGGGGGGGUUCAAGAGCCCCCACUCGACCCACGCGCGCCCCUCGCUCAAGCACGUGCUGCUCAUGCCGCUCUCGCAGGUCAAGAAAGUGAUGGACAUCUACGAGACGGACGAGUGCUCGAACGCGUUCGGGCUCGUGGUGCGUCCUCCCACGGAGAACGAAGAUCACCUGUUCACGUUCCAGCUGCUGGCGGAGGUGGGGACCUCGCGCAAGGCCGAGUGGCUCAAGACCUUGAGCCGGCAGGUGGCCAACACCAUCUGCAAGCCCGACGCGGAGAGUCUGAUUUAUCCGAUCAACCCAGUCGCGAUCGACGUGAGCACACGAGCAGUGGACAGCACGCUGAGCCGCGCCUCCCGUGCCAUCAAGAAGACGUCAAAGAAGGUGACCCGGGCCUUCUCCUUCUCGAAGACGCCCAAGCAAGCCGCGCAGCGGGCCCGCGCGGGCAGCCCCCCGCAGUCCGGUGACGGGGGCCGCUCCCCGGGGGGCUUCGAAGGACACAAGGAUUGGUCGAUGGGUCGCCGGCACACCAGCUCACUCACGCUCGCGGCCAUGCGCUCGCCGUCCCUGGUGAGCCUGCCGGCGCUAAUGGAGAAGCCCAGGCACCACACCAUCAGCCAGUCGACAGCCCGUCUGCUGUGAACACCGCCACCAUCAUCGCCCUCGCCUCGUCAGCCGGGGUGGGGGGGGGGCUCUUUCCUCGCCACUACAGACCUCGCCGGCACCGUGGACCCACCGCCGCCGUGCCGCCCACAAGCGACGCAGCUUCCCGUCGUCCCGCCACGGACGCUGGCCCAGCGGCCGACCUCCAGAACCCGGGGGGUGCCCUGCGCCACGGUCCCCCCUCCCCGCUGGCACAGAUUCACGAGGAUCUGGCUGAGCGGAUAGCGGGGGUGGCAGGCAGGGGGGAGGGUGCUCGCACACUAAGAGCCACUGACUUUUGGGAAGAGAGGGGGGCCCACUCCCCAACGUCUUCCUCCACACUUCCUUCACGGGGAUUGGGAGCCCCCCCCCCCUAACACGAGUAGCAUCCAACCGUCAACAACUCUUGGACCACCGCCCCCUCGCGCGUUCUCCCCAGCACCACCCCCCCACGUCGCCCCCAGUGUGCAGAUCGGGCCGUCGCUUGGUCCUGCAAUACCUGGCCCCUACCCCUCCCCCCACCCACUCCCCGGACUUCGGGCGGUUCUCGUUGACUCUGUGACCUCCAUUGAUCCGCAUCGAUCCCCGUUCCGGUCCCCGGCCCCGCAUGGCCGCGGUGGAACCUGGGAACCGGCCGCUGCCGGCUCCUGGCUCCCGCUCGCGGGCACCGGACGCGCCGCACGGCUCCGCGACCCCGUGCCUCUGGGUCGCGACCCCGGGACGGCCUCUUGAUCCACAUUUGGUCGAGUGUUGCGCGCCGCUGAUGGGGCCGCGUCGCGUUCGCGAGCGACGAGCGUCCAUCUCGGCAGCUCACGCGCGGUUUUUAUUUUCUUCAGCGGCGGGGCCGGGUGCGACCGUGGCUUCGGGGCGGUCUCUUCUGGGAGGGGGGGUGGGGGGGUGGGGGGGGAGAUGCUGCCCACACCAUUCCUGGGGCCUCCAGCUGAGAUGGCCCUGCACUACCCUGCCCGGGGGGGGAGAUGCUGCCCACACCAUUCCUGGGGCCUCCAGCUGAGAUGGCCCUGCCCUGCCCUGCCCUCAUCCCACGUCUUGCCCUCUCCUCGGCCGCGAUUUCUCCCUGCCCGCUUCUUGCAUUCUCUCCUCUGCAUUUGAUGCCCUCCUCUGCCCUGCCCUUUCCUGUUUGGGAGCUGAUGGCUUUGGGUACCUGGUCGGGAAACCCUUCGCACUUCCCCCCACCACCAGCUCCCGACGCUCGCAGUUCCCCGAUGUUCUUCGACGGCCACCGACAUCAGGAGUGAAUCGAACGUGUCUGCGGCGGCGGCACCUUCGUGUGCGCACGUUACGUAUAUGCUGAACUUCUUUCGCGCCGCACGCAGCCAACCGUGCCACCACGGCACGCUUGCCGUCUGAUAAGCUGAGCGCGGAGGGCCUCUGUGCCUUAAGUAAACUGGCUCUGAUGAGCACAAGGGAGACGGCGCCUUAUGUCUUAGACGUUUCGAUGCCCCAUCCGUGACGGGGCUGGCCGUCGUGUGCAAUGCUUUCUGGGUGAGUUCUGAACGGUUAUACGCGUGGGGAGGGGGGGGGCGCUAAUUUUCUAGAGGCGGGGGUUGGUCAGCCCCUACCUUCCCCCCUCUUCUAACAACGCCCCCCCCCCCUCCACACAACUUUUGCCAUCACCCCGCAAGGGGCCACGGGCUCUUUGGUUUGUCUGAGACUUCUCUGGGGACUCUGCCACCCAGUGGGUGCUUGGGCCGCGAUGGCGCACACAGCCCCCGUCAACAACUCGUUGUUUAUAUAAAUAUUCGCGUAGCGCACGUAGACGAAUCAUCGUUUAUUAUUAUUAUUGUUGUUAUUGUUGCGUACGUUGGGAAUUGAAUUUAACCCUGCAUCAAUAAACUUUGU